AUGCCCGUGCAACUACUUCCGGCUUCGGCUGCCGCCUUCGCUCCUCGAGCCUCGUCCGUCAAUGUCGUCCUGGGUUCCAAGGUUGAGCCUUGGCUCACACAAACUCUCAAGCGCAUCAACCGAGUAAAGCGUCCUCUCAACAGUGUCCCUCAGCACCAGCGAUGCCUCACUGAGACUCUAUCAUCCCCCAAUGCUAUCUGGACCCUCACCUCGAUCAUGCUCCCCAAGACUCCCGAGGCCGACUUUAAGCGUGAUGCCAGCAACCCCCUCGUCGAGGCCAUCAUGAACUACGAGCUCGUCCACCUUGAGGCUUACAUCGUGCACGUCGAUAUGGUUCUGCGCAACGAGGUCGCUUACAAACUCACCAAGGACACCAUCGAGACCCUCGUUGAGUACCACAAGGAGGUCUACUGCGUCGACGCCAAGGCCAACACCUACGACUGGUCAGACAAGGAGCAGCAGUGCAAGAAGCUUCACGAGGACUUUGUCCAGGCCAUCAACAAGUUCGUCUUCCGCACCCACGUCUCGGCUCUUGAGGGCCUUGAGGAAGAGGGUGCUGGCGAACUUCUCUGUGGCAAGAGCGAGGAAGUCAAGAACAACAUCUUUGCCCUCAUGAAGCCUCUGCUGCCUCCUCCUCCCCGCGUCGUUGAUGUCGUCCGACAACCCACACUGCUGCCCAGCUCUCCCGCUAACAACAUGUGGUCGCAAGCCGGCAUGCACGGCAGCCUCCCCGCUGUUGAGUCGUGGAGAGUCCUUCCUUCAAGCCCCAGUGUAACAUCGUCGGUCGACUCCAACACCAGCCCCAUCUGGGCGCCCAUGACCAUGAGCGACCUGUCGCCUACUCCCGCCUUCACCCAGCCUCAGUCCACCGCCGGCUUCUUCUGGAGCUCACCCCAAGUGACAGCACCCAUCCCCGCCCUCCCCCUCCCCAGCAUGCUUGCUCCUGCACAAUGCGGUGUCAGCGUCAGCAUGGGAGGAAUGGGCGGUAUGGGCAACAUGAGCGGCAUGGGUGGCAUGGGCGGCUUCAGCUGGGAUCGAUACCAGGAGUACGCUACCAUCAUGUGA